AUUAUUUGCAAAAAAAGAUUAUUUGUAAGGAAAAGAAAACUAACAUUACGACAUCGGAAAGUUGGCAAACGGAAUAUAUUGGAAUUCAUUGCACUAUGGAAACUUGUAAUGAAGCGUAAAAGAGAAGGAUGCCAAAGGAUGUAGGGUUUGUCCAAUAUUUACACAAUUACAAAGACAUUUACAAGGAGAUAGUGACAAUCUAGCCAUAGAAAUGCAGCUACAAGAUCAAGAAAUGUUUUACAAUUAUUGUAGAAUGUCUACAGAAAUAUGUGAUCAAUUACUGAGUAUUGUUGAGCCUCUUAUUGAGAAACAAAACGUUGUUUGAGAUCCAAUAUCGGCUCGCACACGACUUUUAGUAUGUUUGCGUUACUUAGCUUCCGGUGACAGUAUGGCCUCAAUAUCCUAUGCAUUUAGAAUUGGAGUAAGCACUGUUUCAAAAAUUAUCUCUGAAACAUGCGAAGCAUUGUGGAUUUCUCUUCACGAAUCUGUUAUGCCAGCACCAAAUGAAGAAUCUUGGUUGAGAAUCGCGAGUGAAUUUGAGAGAAAUUGGAAUUUCCUGCAUUGUAUAGGUGCAAUAGAUGGAAAACACAUUGUAAUUCAGGCGCCACCUCAUAAUGGAUCAGUAUAUUAUAAUUACAAAGUGACUCAUAGUAUUAACUUGUUAGCAGUUUCGGAUGCCAAUUAUUGCUUCACACUAGUCGACAUUGGAGCUGAGGGUAGACAAAGUGAUGGCGGUAUCUUUGCGAAUUCAAAGUUUGGUCAACGAUUAGAAAGAAAUGAAAUGAAUUUGCCGCAACCAAGUGCAGUAGAACCUAACGGACCUCCUUUACCAUAUGUGUUAGUGGCAGAUGAGGCAUUUGCUUUGAAAUCAUAUAUGAUGCGACCAUAUCCUCGAUGUAGUCGAUUAAAUCGUCAGGAAAAAAUAUUUAAUUACCGUUUAAGUCGAGCAAGAAGAGUGGUCGAAAGUGCAUUUGGCAUUAUGGUAGCACGAUGGCGAAUCUAUAGGCGUCCGAUAAUUGCAUCAAUUUCCACUGCAAUAAAAAUUGUUCAAGCAACUACAUGUUUACAUAAUUUUAUAAUAAAAAAUGAAAACAAGUUGCAUAACUUCCAAAGGCAAUACACUUGUAUUACUACAAAUGACGAAGAUUUGAUUCACAGUGCAUUACAAGAAAUGAACAAUGCUAGCAGAUCUACUAAUGCCCACAAUCGACUAGUCUCCAGAAUUCGAGACGAUUUUGCAUCAUAUUUUGAACAUGACGGAGCAAUAUCUUGUCAGUGGAAGAAAGUCCUUAACAAUGAUUUUUAAUGAUAUAUUUGGAAUCUUUAAAUAUAUUUAUAAAAAUGACACAACUAAAACAGUUUCUCAAUAUACAUGUUUUAAUAAAAGAAGUUCAAUGCAUAUUUAUUCAAUGGUUAACAUUUUUUAACUUACAUCAUACAUUGUUAUGUGUAAGGAAGUAUUAAUUCUAUUUCAUCACGUUGAGACUGAUCACAGCCACUUGGCGACAGAUGCCUAAAAUUUUUCUACUAGACAAGCAUUGUAAUUGUAAAUGCGGUUUGUGAUCAAUCACAAUAUGAUUAAACGAGUCCUAUGCAAAGGAAUUUCCGACACACAUUCAUAACAUUUUACAGUACCUACUUAACACAUAACAUUAUACAACGCUUAGGGCUAAUUGUUCCAUCUUUUAGUAAAGUUUACCUGUUAGGUAAGUAGCAAGAUUACUCAAUCAUGUGCGCGGAUUGCCUGAUUAACCUAACAAGUAAACUUUACCGAAAGAUGGAACAAUCGACCCUUAAUCUCAUUUGUAUUCUUACAGUAAUGCGACUACAAUCGAAUAUCACAUUUUAAACAGUAGAUUAUAAUAGUAAUAUCACAUUCUAAACAGAAGAUUAUAACAGUAAUAUCACAUUUUACAGUAAAUUAAAACAUUAAAGCUGUAUGGCUCCUGCACACUGGAUGCAGAAACGCUAACCGCGCAGUAAAAUGUGACGCAGUAGCGACAAGCGUUUUCGCGUCCAGUGUAUAGAAGCCAUUACUGUACAAAUAUAUUUAUAAAAUUUCGCAAAAGUUACUUUCUUUAGAAUAAA